GGCCCGGGUUUGCCAGACUGCAGUGCACGGCUGGAGCUCCACAGGGCGACGGGUGGAGUUGUUAGGGAUGCAUCUACUCAUCCGUUCCGGCGUAUCUCACGUAGAAUAACCGAACAUCACCACCUCAGAUGCCGGGAAUAGACAUUUUUACGAAGGAUGGACAUGACGACGCGGCGAUGAACGAGGUCCUCGAACGCACCACACAGACAGACGAUGCCGCCUUAAUUUCUCCAACUGAUUUGGACUCAUUCGUGUACAUAAUGGCUGCGUUGUAGUUAAAUUGUUUUCCAAGUGAAGUUUGUAUACUGAAACAUGGCAGGGUGUGUUUCGGAGCCGCUCUGUCAGCCGUGUGUCUAUCACGAAGAGGCGUUUAAAGUGGAGCUACAGGUGAAGAGACCCCUGGUGCCGCUCCACCUGACUCCAGAACAGGUGGCUCUGGAGAUGCUGUGUCUCUGCGGGCAGCUGGACCUCCUCAUCAGGGCGCAGAUGCAGGAGUUCCAGGAGCAGUUAGUCCAAGGCUUUAACCCUGAGGAGUCAGACACGUUCCAGGCUCGAGGAUCGAACAUUCUGGACCAGAUGCUGCAGUGCCUUGAACAUCUACCUAAGCCAAUGCCACAGCUGGAGGACUACUUGGACAUGGUGGGUCUGUCGGCCAUGUUUCCACGUGUGGAGGUGUUCCUCAUUCAAGGCAGCCCCGUGGACAUGCUGGAGAGGCCGCCGAUGGACGACUACUGGUCGCACAUCGGCAAACUGAAUCAGCUCCUGGUGCUGAGUCAGCAGCUGGAGGAGGACAUCCGCCACCUGGGAAGUCAUAAGUACAUCGCCCACCAGCUCUCUGUUCUAUACCAAGUAGUCAGCUCCUUCCGAGGAGUCCAGCUUUUCACGGAGACCAAGAAGGACAUUGAAGCUAACUUCAAGCACAUGAAGCAGUCUCUGGUGGUGGAGGACGGUUCCAGGCAUGAGCCUCAGCUGGCUGCUCAUUACAUCGACUGGAUACUGGAAGUCACUCAAGGUUUGACGUCGGCGGUGUUGUCAUUACCGGACGAGCUGACGGACGACAUUCACCAGGCUGUGGCCUUCAUGUCCCAGUUUGCGUCUUGAUGUUGUGGACCACCUACAAAGGGACAGAGUUUUUAAUGAUUAAUGACACGGUGCUACGCCAUUGGACAGCGGUUUGAAAGAUGCCAUGUAAUUGACAAAUUUACUAUAUAAUGCUUUGACCUCAGUUAUGGAUGCUUUUUAUACCUCUAGUGUCACAAUACAUUUGAAUGCAAUAGAUGACGUGUGUCUGUUUUUAGUACUUAUUUGAAAUUUGAAUGCAGGAAAUGACAUCUAUCACCAAAAACAGAAGCAGUUAUGUCAAUGUAGAAAGUUUACAAUUAUGAUAAUAACACUAAUGAAUAAUAAUUGAUAUCAUCAUAUAAAAAGCUUUUCCAAUGUUAUUGUUGUGAACGAGUUGAGUCUUUUCUUUGCGAGCUAUUUUAAUAAAGAAUUGCCCAGGCAUGUCGUAAAUUAGUUCAGGUGUAAACAGCAGGUAGACUAGUACAAUUUUUGCAUUACAUUUUUUCAUCGUGUCAAUUAUGUUAUGUAUUAUUUGUAUAGUUUUGUGUACAUGUCAAUCAAUCAAUGUCAAUGAAUGUUUAUUUAUAUAGCCCUAAAUCACAAGUGCCUCAAAGGGCUGCACAAACCACAACGACAUCCUUGGUAAGGCCCACAUAAGGGCAAGGAAAAACUCACCCCAGUGGGACGUCGACCAUGAUGCCUAUGAGAGACAUUGGAGAGG